AUGGGAGGCCCAUAUCCCCCAAAGACUGCCGCGAUCGGUGGCCUACCGUCAGUCACUACAGACAUCCCAACGGACGCCGUCUUCAUCUUUCUAUACGUCUGCUUCGCAGCGACAAACAUGACCAUAUUUCAACUCAAUCGCCGGAAACACCACAAGUUCAUCCCAUCAGCGCUCCUGUUUGGCUUCUGUAUGGCCAGAAUAGCCACCAAUUGUCUGCGAAUCGCGUGGGCAACGUCACCCCAUAAUGUUCGAUUGGCAAUUGCUGCACAAAUCUUUGUGAACGCAGGCAUCCUGAUAAUCUAUAUCAUCAACUUGAUCCUUGCACAACGCAUACUGCGAGCCAGCCAGCCUCGGAUUGGAUGGAACCCAAUCUUGCGAGCCGCCUACAAGUUCCUGUACGUCGACAUUGGUAUUGCACUCAUCAUGGUCAUUACGUCUGUUGUCCUCUCGGCCUAUACGCUCAGUCCGCAUACCAAAUCUGUUUGUCGAGAUAUCCAGCUGGCUGCUAUCACAUAUCUUCUUGUCUUCACCUGCCUUCCUGUCGUCCAUACUGCGCUAGCAGUCUUCUUGCCGAGGUCUCCAGAUGCAGAGAAUUUCGGCAAGGGUGGCAUGAAGAGCAAGUUGGUCAUUGUUACCUCUUCGGCGUGUCUAUGCAUGUUGAUAGCAGGUUUCAAGGCCGGCAUAACCUGGGAGCCUCCGCGACCAGUCACCAAUCCGCCCUGGUAUGACUCCAAAGCCUGCUUCUACGUCUUCAACUUUGCACUGGAAAUCAUCCUGCUUUGUAUCUUGACGUUUACUCGAAUCGACAAGCGGUUCUUUAUUCCAGAUGGAUCAACAAAGGCCGGAGACUACAGUCGACUCUCAGAUGAAGGCGAGCAGAAGACAGAGCACGGCAUGUGGUAUGCUUCGUCGCAAGACACGGAGAAAGUGUGA